AUGGGAGAAAUGAGCACCAUGAAGCCAACUCUGCCAGAUCACCAUCUUUCCGAAGAGAUCUAUGCUGAAGGUACGCGUAUCAAUGGGCUCUACGAUGAGGCUAGACAGCUCGAGGAUGCAGCCGCUAAGCGAACACGCCUUUUCAACGAGAAACUAUCACGCUUAGAGGAAGAACUACGUCGAACUAUUCUGGAAGCCACUGAGAACUCUAACAUGUAUGAGGUCCGUAUUCGAACGCUUGACGAGGAAGCAGGCAAUCUUAAGGCUUUGCUGAGGACCAGCGAGAGGCAGUCCUCUGACCUGGCAGGAGAAAACGCUAAACUCAAGGAGGAAAUAACAGAGCUCAAGAUGAAAACUGAGAGCUUCGACAGAAAGGCAUCUGAGUAUAGGACCGAGGUUGAAUCCAUGAUAAAACUGUCAGAGCACGACAAGGCUAGAUGCAAAGAUCUCGAAAUGCAAAUCACAGACCUGGAAGACCUCAGAGCUGGGGAGCGCUCCCGCGAUCUGGCCCGGAUCCGCGAACUCGAACGGGGGCUCGAAGCUGCCCAGAGGAAAGCUGAUGAGCUGAAAGAACGACUGAAUGAGCCGCGCUACACCGAAGGGCCGGACUUUGGGGUCCAGGCGGACCUCCCUGAUGUGGAGAUGGUAGGGGAAUGCGAGAGGUUGAAGAGCUUGCUCCGUAGAGUCUCUGAGGGUGGUUACGCUGACGGCUCGCUUGGCGGGGUUCCGUGUAACCGCUCGGGUGUCUGUGAGUUAAGACUGCCAAUUGACUGGAGUAGCCGACCUUAUGCUGUUGAAGUUGAGGUCUCGGUAGACAAGGAUAGAUGGUCAGCAGCAGGCAUGCUGCAGUUAGGAGACGGCUCAGAGAAGGGGUGCUCCCCAACUGACGGCGACGUCCCCUUGGAACUUCUCAUGAUCGUGGACCGCACUGGAGAGGAGGUCGUCGGGCAGUUCCUCAUGAGCCUAUCAGACCGCGGCCUUUUCACUAUCGGUCUCGAACGGAAUAAUCGCGGUUGGGACCUCAGGGUGCGGUUGCGGUAUGGAUCUCGAGUGCCGCAGUUAGAGCGUCUCCUGAAGAAUGCACAGGAGGAAAAGUCCAUGCUGUUGGCUGACGUGGCCAAGGCCAGAGAUCUAGAGAACGCGUUGGAGAGCGCUCGAGCUGAGCGGAGCCUUCUAGUCGGCGAGAGGGACUCAGCCAGAGAAGAGCUGCGUGCAGCGAAGACAGCGUUAGCGGCGGAGAGGGAUGCCAAAAGACGCCUGGAGGAGGGCGGAGCGGAGCUUGUACCGAAAGAGCCUUCCCGCUUUGAAAUUGAUGUGGUGUUCGAUCAGGAGGCCACGACUAAGUCCAGAGUUGAGGAGGAGCGGAGGAGGGGGGACUCCUUACAGAGAGAGGUAGAAAGGCUCAGACACAGCCAGCAGGAUCCGUAUCGACGGGAAUCCGGUCAGGCUGAGAGGCGCGAUGGUCAAUAUCGAAGUCGCGUGUCGAAGAGCCUUAUAGGUGGUGACGAGGACACUACACAUCCUGAGGUCCACCGAGGUAGAAUGACCGACAACAGGCCCAACCUGCCAGCCACGACUAACGGAUACUCGCGCAGUCCAGACCCUCACUACCCUCCUUCCCCCCUUCACAUUCUACAGUCGGAGAUCGACCGUCUUAGGGAUGAGCUCAGUGCCUAUGAGAGUGGUUGGGCUCCCGACCUAGCGGCUCUUCUGGCGUCUACCCGGGACAGGGCGACGAGGGCCGAGAUGGAGGUGGCUGAGCUGCAGGCUGUAGUCGAGGGUCGCGGAGUAUCGGGUUUGACGCCGAUGUUGGAUGGAGAGAGGAGGAGGGGAGAUCAGGCCGAGAGAGAGGUCCUCAGGCUUAAGGAGGAGAUACGUAGGAGACAGGUUAGCGAUAGUGUUUAUACCGAGAACGCCGAGAUGGAGAUUCGGCGGCUACGGGAGGAAUACGCCACUCUGAUGCAUCGAGAGCAGCUCAGUGCUGAGUGGACCGAGGAGGAGAUCAGGCGUCUUAGAGACGAGCUGGAGGCCUUCGAACAGGGACAUAACCCCGACCUUGCCCGAAUCGUCGACCAGGAGAGGGCGAGAGCAGCACGGGCAGAGGCGGAGGUGCGAAGGCUCCGCGAGGAACUUCGGAGGUCUGGAAGUGCUCACGUCAGCGUCGAGCUGAGAGGUGUUCCCGACCAGCCCAGGAGUCCCUCUCCCGAUCUCUGGGAGCUGGAGAAGGAGCGUUGCCGUGCCCAACAGGCGGAGGCCGAGGUACGCCGUAUGCAUGAGGAGCUUCGCAUAAUAGAAGGAUCGGAAUGUCCCGACAUAUUCCCUGCCCUUGAUGCUGAGCGGCGGCGGGCGGAGCGAGCAGAGAGGGAGGUCCUGCAGCUCAUGGAGGAUCUCCGAGUCGCUCAAACGAUGAGCGCCGACGGGCUGCGUGUGCUGAGAAAGAGGUAUGUCGCCUCCAACGAGAACUCUGUGAACUACGAUGUGUCCCUUCAGAAUCUCGGUCUGAGCUCUGACCAGUCGAGUGACUUCGACAUGGUCCUCCAUCUACAACAACACAUCCAGGUCUUACGUAAUGACCUCGACAGAGCUCUGCGAGACCGUUACGAGACUUCCCGAGCCCCUCUUCCUGCCUAG